ACCUCAUUUACAAUACCUUUCUAAUACUCAAUACAACCAGCAAUAAGGAAAGCCAACUUUCGGCCACCCAGAAUCAAUAAUCUGCUAUUUUCUUGAUCAAAACAAUUGCAUUAAUGGAGACUCCAACAUCAACAAGAAGAGUAACAAGAUCACAAAUCCUUGCUGCUUCUAACAGUACUAACAACACUUCUAUGUCAAAGAUAAAUAAAGAAACUGAAAAGAAAGAAGUGACCGUGAAAUCAGCUCUCCUUGAUAUAACAAAUGGCUCACCUAUUGUUGGGCUAGCCACUGGAAUUUUGGAGACCCCAUCAUCUGCAGUGUCCAGGAGUACUCAAAGGAAAAAAUGUUGUACUCCAGGAUCAGGGGAAGCAUUGUUGAGAGGUCAAGUGAAGAACUUGUUGCAAAUGGUUGAAGAAGAAGCUGAAAUCUCCAAAAUCUCAUUGGAAAAAAGGCCUAAUUUCUUUCAUGUCCGUGGCAUUGUUAAUUCUCCAAUGAAUCUUCUUGCUCCAACUCCUGCAAAUACACCUCUCAUGGAUCUCUUUGCCAAUGAGGUGCUGCCACCUGUCACGGCAUCCCCUGUAGAAGACAAGUUUGUCAUCUCUCAGAUAUUGAACAAGAUGAUGUUUGAGGGGAAGAAGCAAGAGAGUGUUGAAUCUGAGACUAGUAGUAAUAUUACAAGGUCUCUAUUGCUGGAUUUUUCUGACAAGUCAGAAUCAUCAGUUUGUUCCUCUAUUUUCACAUACCAAGCAAAAGAAGAAGAAUGUGAUGACAAGUAUGAAGAAAUUGAUGAAGAUGGAGGAGUAGCAGUUGAUGAACUAUGUGAAGCAAUUAGCAAUAUCAAUGUUAAUGGCGGAGGACAGAAAUUUGCUGGCAAGCGCACCAAGUUUGUGUACAAUAGUGAUGAUGAAUUUGAAGGAGUGGAGGAGUUUUCAGCUUCACCAGGUGUGUUGCAAUUGAAGGGAUUGCCUACUCCUAAAGGAAAGCACUUGCGUUUCCCUGAAGAAAACUGAAUGACAUUGUUUACUUUUUGCUGUUAUGGUUUCUGUGAAAACACCAAGAGCUAAGGUGUUCCAUUAUUACAUUGAUUCUGUAAGUUUUGGUUCAUAUUUCAUUUGGACCAUUGAAAUAAUUCAAAUAUGAUAUCUUUCCAGAA